AUGGUUCGUGUCACCGAGGAGCUGGCUCUGUCCGCCGAGCAGCUCACCCUCUACCACGCCGCCGACCCUCUCCUUGGACACCUGCCAGUCCUGAUCUUCCACGGCGCCUCUACCACUGCGAACUACACCCUCAACAGCUCCCGCGUCCAGAUCCACGUCUACAGCCCCGCUGGCUUCCAGUCCUUCCCGCGCCUGACAAUACAGCCCAACUCGCCCUUUUACGCCGUCGUCAAUCACCUGCCGCGCGAAUGGCAGGGCGACGAGGUCUACCGCGGCCUCGCCUUUGGCCUGUACAAGUACUUCCAGGAGCUGCCCGAGGUCGUCAAGAAUCACCUCAAGAACACAUACCCGACCACAAGGGGGCGCCGCCCGGGAAGUGGGCCGGCGCUCUUUGGCGAGCAGCAUGCCGCUGACCUCGCCAAGAACAUGAUCAAAAGUGAAAACACCGUCGAGGUCCUCGAGACAUUGCAGACCGCCCUGCAGACUCAGCACCUGAGCAAUGUCGACGUCGACUUUGUCCUGCCUCCCGGCUCGAUUGUGCCGCUGCAACCUGAGGAUUUGGACGAGACGCCGGAGGAUGACGAUGAAUUUCUGGACCCGACUCUGCGGCAAUAUGGAGGAUACACGCCGCUGGUGAAGCUGCUCGGGGAGCCUGUUUUCCUCCCCACGUCCAGAUUACGGAGGGCACCUUCCAAACCGACGUCGCUGAAUCGCAGCAAGUCCUUCUCCAAGGACCAAAAGGUGGACCUGAGAAUGAAGCUCGGGGAGCUGGUUGACACCGAGGAGAGAUACGUCCUGAAGCUGAACGAGCUGGUGAAGCACAUCGCCGACGACUUUAGACAAUCUGCGAGGCAGCGCGACCCAAGCAGCUUGAGCCCCUCCGAAGAAGAGCUUGAGAAACUUUUCCCCAAGUCGGCGGAUAGGAUAUUACAGGUCAACUCCGCCUUCAUGCAAGAGCUGCGCAAAAUCAUGGAUGAUACCGAGGAGGAGGCCGUCAGGGAUAUGGAGGUGACGACGGUUGCGCUGACAGGAUCCAGGCUGGGAUCACCAUCCAAGAUGAAGGAUCCCACAGGCGCCUUGGCGAUCGCGAGGGUAUUCCUCGAGUGGUUCCCCAAGUUCACAGACUGCUACCAGGAGUACAUUCGCGCCAGCCAGCAUUUCCCCACGCUUCUCAACUCGUUCCUGGAUCAGCAAUCGAGCUUUCGUCAACGGGUUCUUCAGACAGGCGAGCAGACUGUUCGAUCGAUUCUCAUUGAGCCCGUUCAGCGUCUUCCCCGAUACAGUCUGCUCAUCGACCAGAUCGUGAGCUGCCUUCCCAUGACACAUCCCGCGCUACAAUCGAUGCUCAGAGCUCGCGACAUUAUUACAAACAUUUGCUCAAUGGACGAGCCUACUCCAGAUAAGCCGCAAGUGACGAGUCGCCUGCGCAACAUGGUUGAGAGUUGGCCCCUUGACCUCGAGCCUCAAGGAAGACUCGUUCUCGCAGCCGACUUUGUCGAGCUCCCUUCGCCCUAUCGUGUGCUUGACCCUCCGGAGGCGGCAGAGCGUGCGGGCAUCUUUCUCUUGUUUUCAGAUUGUCUGGUCAUUCUGAAAAAGUUGGGACCUAAACCAAUGACUGGCAAAGACCUCUUGCGUGAAAUCGACAAGCCUUCAGCGGCUGGUCUUCUCCUGUCAAUGACAAAUGCUGCCGGUGGCCAGCCAACCUACGAGCUUGCAUUCACAGGCUGGCACAAUCUGGCAGAUGUGCGCUUCACUGAGUCGACAGAUGGCAAGCUCAUCUGGAUGACUUCAACCCAGGAGAUGAAGGGAGCGCAUGCGGGAGAGUGGGUGACGGGCACUGCAGUAACGUCACGAUGCUUCUUUCUCGAAGAGACUUUUACGAGAGCGUCGAAGUGGACGGAAGAUAUUGUGAAAGCCCGCGUGGAAGGUCGUUUUUCGGAAAGGGAGCGCGAGGACCCUUCUUGGACCCUCCGUUCUAUCAAAAUGUCGGACAACAACCUCGGUCUCUUCGCUGCCGUCUUCCAGGAGGGCGCCGAUCAACUCAUUGAUGGCCGAAGAGAGCCAGCGCCAAUCCGUAUCGUCAUUGACCACGAGAAGGGCACCAAGGGUGCACCGAUUGGACACUACGGCGUCGAAAUCACGGUCAACGUCAACAGCGGCGACCUGAAGAAGGUCAAGAUGGUGACUGCCGGCCUGAACGGCAGACAAUUCACAGACGAUGUGGCGUUGGAUGACUUCUUGCCGACUGUCACACGACGAGUGAUUCAAUUGCUAGGCUCGCAGUUCAGCGUAUCAAAUAUGCGACUGGCACCCGCGUUAGUCUCUUACUACACCAAGAUCCUGAAGGGCCUGCCGCUCAUGACGAGGGCAGAGAAGACGAGAUCGUUCCUCGCUUCUUCCCCGGUGAAGGGACUUUUCUCUAGCAUCUGGGGUGGGUCGACCAACACUGAACCACACAGCCCACCGAAGCACAGCAGAACACCCGUGACGAACGUGUUCCCUCCACCGGUUUCACAGGCAAACAGCGAGGCGGGAUCCAUAUAUGGCUCUGCCAGAGGCAAAGACGCGAUCAAGAUGGGUGGGGAUGACCGCCCCGAAAACCCUCUCGUACGAUUAGAGCAGACCUUUACAGGAUACGUCGCCAGCCUCCAGGCCCGUAAAGGUAGUAUCAUCGGGCGAAUGCUGCUGAACCGGUCCCUUGCCGAUGAACUAAUGGUCAACGAUCUCUACAACCGAUUGAUUGAGAGCCCAUUCGACCUCGACGCUUCUUCCGAAUUGGGCGCGGAUGUGAUCUUUGUUGCUUUUGAGAAGUUUAUCCGAAUCGCUUGGGGUGAGCAGAUGGGCCCGAUCAUGACGAAGCAGACACUGGAUACGUUGCUGGAGCGUAUGAACAGACAAGUACCAGGCAACUUUGCCGACUUUGUCAACUUUAUCUUCAAGGAAAUGGCGCCACAAAAUCAGAGGGCAUUCACAGCUUUGAUCAAGUUGCUCGCCGACUUGCUUGAUGGUUGUGGCAACGACGGCGAUAGGGGCAUCUUGACGGUAUCAUUUGCAGAGCUUCUGGUUUCGGACGGCACAGCGCAAGCCUACAUCAACCUGCUAGACCGCCUUGUCGAAGACUGCGACAGAAUUUUUGACGAUGCCGGUUUUGGCGUGAAUCUCACUGUCCAACAAGCAUUCGAGUCUAUGAACUCCCGCAGCGGUAAAUCGCACUCGGGGUCGUUGACUUCAAACACCUCUUCAAUCAGGCGCAAGUUUGGUUUCGACUCUUUGUUGCGGCAGAAUAGCAAGAACGACUCGGAGCGGCCAUCCGUCUGGCGCACUCUCAGCAAACACGGUCGGCACCCUGCCUCUGCAGAUGCAGCCUCGAGUUCUAGUCUGUCCAAGAUGACAUCGUCACGGGCAAGGUCCAUCGACUCGGGAACACAAUCCGGACCGAAUAAGCUGAGAAGACCCGGUUCUAGGGACAGACCACCGAUUGCUGGUGCUUUUGACGAGGUUCCUAGACCGAGCAGCUCACAGCGGCCCGACAUGCGCCUGGAGACGAUUGGAGAGCCCGAGGUUGAGUCAACGCCCCCUGUUAAGUCAUCAAAGAAGAAGCGGCGUAGCUCUCUGUCUGACCUGCGAAGUCUUAUGGAGGCGGCAACGAUCACGGACCCGAGAGAGAAGAUUGAGGAAGCAAUGAUGCCGCUGCGCAUCAACAAACAGACUUCAGAAAAGUUCAACUCGACGCCCCGGAUACCCUCGCCAUCUAGGAUACCGAUAAGCCCGACAUCCCAGAGCCUGCGGUCUCCUCGCAUGAUCUCACCGCGCCAAAAAGAGAACCCUACGUCGCCUGAAGCGCUCUUCUCGCCGCCAGCACCUCCAGCACCUCCAGCACCUCCAGAUCGCGAAAACACUCCCAGCCGCACGCCCAAGGGGCAUGCUAGAGGCCUGUCUACUUCCAACAUCCCGACCCUCAGACCCACACGGCCGAUUGGUCUAGUUUCACAGUCGACCGAUUCGGUCCCCCGACCGUCUACGAGUCCUGGCAAACCGCCAGGAAGCGGCAAGCUUCGCCUUCAGUCGCCGCAGAAGCUUCGGGAGCGUCUGCAGACGGAAAAGAAGGCGGUCGAGGACGUCGACGCAUCACUCCAGUCGGAGCUUUCCAAAAUUGCCGAAGAGAUGUCACGGGUCAACUCUGGUCUCGGCUCACGCACCAAUACGCUGGAUCUGCGCAAGCUGACGGCUUCGGUCAAGACACUCGAAGAACGCAUCCCGACGAUGAUGUCGGAGCUGACGGACCGACAGACGGCGAUCCAGCGCGACAUGGAGAGCACGCUGAGAGCAUCCGAGACCAAGGUCAAGAGCAUCGACCAGCUGUACAGAGAGUCGACGGCGGAGAACGAGCUCAUGUACGAGAAGUUCAACAGCGAGCUGGGCAAGAUUGUCAAGGCGCUCAAGGGCAAGGGCCGAGAAGACAAGGAAGAGCUCAUUCGAAGCUUACGCGAGCACACCGAGGAAACGGCAAGAGUGAAGAAGGAGAAUGCGCGAUUGAAGAGGGAGAUUAUCAGUCUGCGGACAGUCAUGAAGGGUGCCGACGCGUAA